GCGGCCGAGCUCGGGUGCAUCCUCGGGCCCGCCGCCGCCGCCGCCGCCGGAGCGCUCGGCCAUGGAGCUAGAAGUGCCGGACGAGGCGGAGAGCGCCGAAGCGGGGGCCGUGACGGCGGAGGCCGCCUGGUCUGCGGAGAGUGGGGCGGCGGCAGGUAUGACCCAGAAGAAGCCUGGCCUUGCAGAGGCCCCCUUGGUGACAGGGCAGCCAGGCCCUGGCCAUGGGAAGAAGCUGGGCCAUCGAGGCGUGGAUGCGUCUGGAGAGACUACGUAUAAGAAGACCACCUCGUCCACCCUGAAGGGUGCCAUCCAGCUGGGGAUCGGCUACACGGUGGGCAACCUCAGCUCCAAGCCAGAGCGUGAUGUGCUCAUGCAGGACUUCUACGUGGUGGAGAGCAUCUUCUUUCCCAGCGAAGGAAGCAACCUCACCCCCGCCCACCACUUCCAGGAUUUCCGCUUUAAGACCUACGCACCUGUUGCCUUCCGCUACUUCCGGGAGCUCUUCGGCAUCCGGCCGGAUGAUUACUUGUACUCGCUGUGCAAUGAGCCACUCAUCGAGCUCUCCAACCCCGGUGCCAGUGGCUCCGUCUUCUACGUCACCAGCGAUGACGAGUUCAUCAUCAAGACUGUCAUGCACAAGGAGGCGGAGUUCCUGCAGAAGCUGCUGCCUGGCUACUACAUGAACCUCAACCAGAACCCACGGACGCUGCUGCCCAAGUUCUACGGGCUGUACUGCGUGCAGUCCGGGGGCAAGAACAUCCGUGUGGUGGUUAUGAACAAUGUACUGCCCCGUGUCGUCAAGAUGCACCUCAAAUUCGACCUCAAGGGCUCCACGUACAAGCGCAGGGCCAGCAAGAAGGAGAAGGAGAAGAGUCUGCCCACCUACAAGGACCUGGACUUCAUGCAGGACAUGCCUGAAGGGCUGCUGCUGGACUCAGACACCUUCAGCGCCCUGGUCAAGACGUUGCAGAGAGACUGCCUGGUGUUGGAGAGCUUCAAGAUAAUGGACUACAGCCUGCUGCUGGGCGUGCACAACAUAGACCAGCAGGAGCGCGAGCGCCAGGCUGAGGGCGCCCAGAGCAAGGCUGGUGAGAAGCGGCCCGUGGCCCAGAAGGCUCUGUAUUCCACGGCCAUGGAGUCCAUCCAGGGCGGAGCUGCCCGUGGGGAGGCCAUUGAGACGGAUGACACGAUGGGUGGGAUCCCAGCAGUGAAUGGGCGCGGGGAGCGACUGCUCCUACACAUCGGAAUCAUCGACAUUCUGCAGUCCUACAGGUUCAUCAAGAAGUUAGAACACACCUGGAAGGCCCUCGUCCACGAUGGGGACACUGUGUCCGUGCACCGGCCCAGCUUCUAUGCUGAGCGCUUCUUCAAGUUCAUGAGCAGCACCGUGUUCCGGAAGAGCUCCUCCCUGAAGUCCUCUCCAUCCAAGAAAGGGCGUGGUGCCCUGCUGGCUGUCAAACCCCUGGGGCCCACUGCCGCCUUCUCAGCCAGCCAGAUCCCCAGUGAGAGAGAAGAUGUGCAGUAUGACCUGCGGGGGGCCCGCAGCUACCCCACGCUGGAGGAUGAAGGCCGGCCUGACCUCCUGCCCUGCACCCCACCAUCCUUUGAGGAAGCCACCACAGCCUCCAUCGCCACCACCCUGUCAUCCACCUCCCUCUCCAUCCCCGAGCGGUCCCCUUCAGACACAUCAGAGCAGCCCCGGUACAGGCGGCGCACGCAGUCUUCAGGCCAGGAUGGCCGGCCGCAGGAGGAGCCCCAUGCGGAAGACCUGCAGAAGAUAACUGUGCAGGUGGAGCCAGUGUGCGGUGUGGGGGUUGUGGUCCCCAAGGAGCAGGGUGCAGGAGUGGAGGUUCCCCCAUCUGGGGCAUCAGCUGCAGCCACCGUGGAAGUGGACGCCGCCAGCCAGGCCUCAGAUGAGGAGGAUGUCCCCUCCACAGACAUCUAUUUUUUCGCUCAUGGGAGAUACUGGCUUUUCUCUCCCGGUCGUCGCCAACUGAGGGCCGUGACACCAAACCACACAGGCGCUCCCACCGACGAGAGGAGCUGGGUGUACUCCCCGCUUCACUAUAGCGCGCGGCCCGCCUCCGACGGCGAGAGCGACACAUAACUUCUAUGCAGUCCCCAAUCUGGAGCCCAGCGUCCUUCUGCCACCCCAGCCACUUCCUGGAGGCGCUGCCCCCAACAGGGGCUCAGAGCUCAGAGACAUCACCCUGAUGGCCCUGGCCCGACCUUGUUCUCUCCCUCCUCACUGACGGACUCCACCGGCCAGGCCCAGCCCCAGGAUAGCUCAGGCCUUCAUCUGUUGCUACCUGUGCCUGUUGGGGUGGCAAGAUUUGGAGUGCCCAUCCUGUAUUUAUUUUGGGUCCUUUUUUUUUUUUUUUUUUUUUUUGACGGAGAGGGAGCACAGGGGUGAUUUACUAGAAAAAAGACAAGACACAGAAAACCCAGGAAGAGGCUGCAGCCACCAGCCUUAGUGGAUCAGGCUCUACGUGUCUCACUACUCUGGGGACAGUGGCCAGGUAGCUCCAGUAAAGCCCACACACUGCAGGACUCUUGUUAUGGCCUGCAGAGGAGACAGGCCUCCGCUGGCCAUCCCAGGUCUGUUCUCCUGCGUUGGGUCACCUCAACAGAGGCCCUCCGUCACCUCAGGUUUCGGACCCGUGCAAACCAGGACUAGUCAUGCCCUGUGGUCUUUCUGCAUCUGUUUACUGCCACUGCAAGGACGUCCUCAAGCAUGAAUGUCUUGUGGCUACAAUCACCUGAUGCUGACUGGGAGGGUUCAUACUGUCUGCCUCUCAUCCCUAUGAAGUCCUGAGCUGGUGCUGUGGGUCCCCUCGACACCCAGGGAAAUCUCUGCCCCAAGAAGGGCACAGCCAGGCUUCUGGCUGCAGAGAGAGAGCUGGGUCCUGAGACCCUGGCUGAAGAAAAUAAGGGAGAAAGUGACGUCACUUCAGCAAAGCCAACUAUGUCCACCGAGCAUCAGGGGGAUUGCGGCCAUCAGUCUCCUCCCCUGGGUACAGUCCAGUCAUGUCAUGACCCUGCUUCAUGGAUGCUCUACCCACAGUGUGCUGGUAGGAGGGGUCAAGCUGGAAUGUUCUGAAAGCUCCAGUAUGGUCAGCCGUAUGGACCUCUUGGGUUGCACCUUCAGGGACAGAUGUCAGGACCUGGCUGGCUUCCAAGGACUGCAGGCAGCCUGUGGAGGCGGUGAGGAGCAUGACACCGCCAUCAUGGCCAGAAAAGGCAUGGCCAGGGAGAGGACCCGUGCCGGGGGAUGGGGAGGCAACAGUAGGAGAGAUGGACAGAUGCCUGUCCCUGGACCUCACGUCAGUCCCCUUCCUGUUGUGGAAUGCACAGUGAACACACUAUGGCGAAGUACUGUGUGAGUUAGUUAAUUCAGGGGCAGCAAAGGCAGCUUCAGGUUGGACCUUGCACAGACCUGGCAGGCAGAAUGUUGCACCUGUUAUCCCAGCACUCAGAAAGUUACGGCAGGAGGCUUUUGUGGCAAGUUCCAGACUAGCCUGAGCUACAGAGUGAAAAAGAGACCAAAAACCAAACAAACAAACAAACAAACAAACAAAAAAAAAAAAACCACAGGGCUGGCCCUACCACUCAGUGGGCAGAGCUCACCCAGCUGCAGAAGCCCUGAGUUCCAUUCCAGCACCACAGAAACCAGAUGUGGUGGCACACAGCUGCCAUCCCUCAGGUGGGAAGCAGAGGCAGAAAGAGCAGAGGUGCAAGGUCAUCCUUGGCUGUAACCAGUUGGAGGCCAGCCCUGGCUACAUGAGACCCUCUCAAAAGAGAAUCUGUAAAUACCUUUGUGACUCCCCAUCUUGUUCCCCAUCCUGUUCUCUCCAGCAGCCGCUAUCGCCCCACCGUGGACAGCGUGUGAACUGUACUGUAAGGCCUGGGGCCGUCUCCAAGGCUGAAGAGGUGCCCUCCCCGGCCCGCCUCUGUUCUCAAGCCAUCCCAGCAAGUCCCCUGUCCAGCCCCACACCAACCUAGUGCAAUAUGCCCUCCCCGUGGGGUCCCUUGGCACGGUACUGUCUCUGCAGCCCCUUGUCUCGAACCCCUAGCUCCUCUCUCUCCCCGGUGGUUAAUAAUCGCAUCAAACAUCCUCUCCCCAAUCCUGUUUUUAUUGUUGAAUUCAUUCUGUAAACUGCAAACCUCGUGUGUCUUACUCAUCAGGACUAGGGAUCCAGGGUCCUCAGCCCAUGUGGUCUGGUGUUUGACAAUCCAAGUACAGUGUCCCCCUGGCACUAACCAGAGGGGCCUGUCCCUCCAGCGCAGCCGGCAAACGUAUGCAGCCCAGGUUCCCGCCCCACCUGUCACAGUCCCUCUUUUUGAGAUCUGUAAUAAAUCUCUAAUAAGAAACA